GAAGAAGAAGAAGAAGAAGAAGACCCCGGUUUACCCCAUUCCUCCUUGACCACACGGUAGUAGAAUCCCAAUUAAGUGAUUGAUUAAGUGGCGCCUAGGUCGAUUGUAAACGCCAAGCUCUCAUGCCCGCCCAGGACGCCUACUCAAGUGUACAGGGGACAUCGCACAUGAUGUAGCCCACCCGGAAAAACUGGGAGAACAGGUGCGCGAAAGGUGCUGUUUCAAUCCGAGUGUUCGAAGGUAAAAGCGGUCGCUAGAGCUAAAACUAAAACCUAGUGACGUUGUGCCUUGCCAGCCACUCUCUAGUGUUAGUGAAAGUGGAAAGGAACUCCGGUCUAGUUCCCGUCUUCAGCCCGGUUGUAGCGACAGCGCCCUCAGUUUCUGUUCCCCAAAAUUCAGCAUCCAAUCGACCAGCACUGACCCCUUUCCCCACCCCUCCCCUAACUUCUUCUGGCCACAUACAUCGUGGUCAUAGCAGAGUGCCGCAAGAUACUCUUCUCUGGAUCAUCACGAACCUUUCCGUUCGUGGCACCGCCUCCGGUGCUUCGGUGGAAGUCACCGUUUUAGUUUCCGGAGCUGAAGUGGGUCAGUGGCUCGCCGUCGUGGCCUCUGUUACGACUUCGGGGUGCUAGUAAAGACUUUUGCUUAGCCUCGGAAAGGUCGUUACGGAUGUCGGUGGAACAUCUCUGCACGUAGGACACCCACGUUAUACCGUACAUCCGUCUUGUUAAUGAAUCACACCACAUCAUAGGAAGAAUGCGUGAUAAGAAGAAUGUAGAUUAUGCUGGUCAGCCGGUUUGUUUGCCAGGAUAGUGUGUCUCAUUCGUUGUUAUAAAGUUUUUUCUUCUUCCUUUCUCUUCGUCGUGAAUCGUGAAGCUGCUUCGUUGCGUUAGCGCUAUGCGAACGAGCGGCAUUAAGUGGCGCACUGCUGCAUUAAUUAAGUUUCUUCAAUUUACCAUUCCUGUGGCAAGUGAAACCGGGUGUUCGUGUACUAGCAACACCAAACUACGAGACACUUCGGGCAGUGAUCUCCUCAGAGAAGAGCGGUGUUGAAUAUACAAGAUUCUCCGUCUAACGCGAAUCCAUCUCAUUUAAGUAGCCACUAUCCUUAAACCAAUAUCGUGUGUACGUGAGUGUCGCUGGCAGUGCCCGUAGCCUGUGAUGUAAAUAUCGUGGGGAUUCCGUCCACGAUACAAUAGGGGCGACGUAUGUGCGUGCGUGAAAGUAAAGAGUGUCCACCACCAACAGAAGGGUCAGUUCCUCGCUCGACGAUGAACAUACAAAAUAGGCAGUGACAAAUGCCGCGGUCCCUACCAACAAUAGGCAAAGCAAUGAAGCAACCUACGGCACAUGAACUAGAGUUAGUUCAGGUACCGUGAAUCAUAGUGCACUGGUCAUACAGGGCCAGUCGCGAGGACAACGGCGAACACAAUAAUUUCGUCAGUAGCACAAAAAGAAGAUAUCUAGUAAGCAGAAAGCGAUUGUUUCUUGACAUUUGUGCGGUUUUUCACUGCCCGCAAAAAAGUAAAUACCCAACCAAAGGCAAGGACCUAUCUUCGUGGCCUCAAGAUACCACGGAUAAAGUAGCAGCUUAGAGUCGGCAUCCCAAAACGCCCCCAAAAGUAAAGUGAUGGACGAGGAAUCACUGAUUGCGAGGGCGAAGGAGGAACGAGAGAAAAUCUUCCAGCGCUACGACAAAGGCCGAGAGGCUGGUGCUGAGAUCGACCCGUGGGAGGAUCCGCAAUUCGAGGUCUACCAUCAGACGGAUAGGUAUGGAUUCAUACACGACAAGCGUCUACCGAAGAAGCGGGAUCCGCACGAAGCCAAAGCAACAGAGAUCGAAAUGGAGCGCGUGAAGAAAUGGAUCAAGAUGCUGGGUAUUUCAUCAGACAAACAUGCGCCGGCCCGCUCAUGGGAGGACCGUGCGUUACUAGCUAAGGUGCGGAAACGCGUAUUUAAGGGCAUCCCGGAGAAGGUGCGUCGUCAGGUGUGGUCAAAGUUGUUGAACCUCCAGGCGGUGAUGGAUAGUAAUCGUGGCAAGUAUAACGAUAUGCUGCAUCUGGCUCGUCAGUGGAGCACCGAGGCACGACAGAUCGAUUCCGACGUCAAUCGGCAGUUUCGCGAGCACCUCGACUUUCGUGAGCGAUACAGUGCGAAACAGAAGAGUCUCUUUAACAUUCUGGUCGCCUACAGCGUGUACAACACCGAGGUUGGCUAUUGUCAGGGAAUGUCGGCACUGGCGGGAUUGCUGCUGAUGUACAUGGAAGAAGAGGAAGCAUUCUGGGCACUUAGUAUCCUGCUAGCGAACAAGAAGUACGCCAUGCACGGACUGUUCAUUGAAGGUUUCCCAAAGCUGAACCGAUUCCUAGCACAUCACGAUAAAAUAAUCGCCAAAUUCAUACCAAAGCUUAAGAAACACUUCGAUCAGUAUCAUCUCGACUCGAUCCUCUACUCACUGAAGUGGUUCUUCCUAGUAUUCAUCGAGCGGAUACCUUUCAGCUUAUGCUUACGCGUGUGGGAUGUGUAUCUGCUCGAUGGCGAAAAGGUGGUCACCGCCAUGGCCUACAAUGUACUACGCUUGCAUAAGCACCGCAUUCUCAAGCUAAAAGAUAUGGACCUGAUUGUGCAAUACAUACAGACCAAACUUUAUGAAGACUUUGGACAUGACGAUGAUUUUGUCAUUAAAAGUCUAGAGCAGUGCAUGGAAGAACUUAGGAAGGCCGGUUUAGAGCUGCCACCACCUGCAACCGCGAAAGAGCUGCCUACAAAACAAUUUGGCGUUUUCGUGGAGCCCACAACGGAGGCUAAGAUUGGUCGUCGGAAGCAAGAAUUUACCGAAACAGAGAAAGAUGUCACGGAAUCGGUGAUGCUAAAGCGCGAGAUCACAGAACAAGAAAUUGCUGCACACGAACAAAAUGCCACAACUUCCGGAGGAUCCGCCCAACAUCUAAAUACAGUACACAUUCCAGAGUCGGAAGACGGAGGAUCAUUGAUAGGCAGCUCUCGGAAAUCGCUGGCCGACACGUCCGUUACGUCGACCGCCGACCUAAGCGUGCUUUCUGGUGGCCAAAGCCAGCGAUCACACCAGGCGUUCGAGCUCGGUCCGGAUGAUCAAAAGGCGAUCGUCAGCGAGGACGAUGAAGCGGACGAUGGUGAAAGCAGUCCCGUAUCAAAGCUCAAACAGUCUUCAGCAUCGUACGCCAAAGCGUACCACGAGGGCGGCCCGGUUGGCUAUCCCUCCGCCACCACCUCCACGAGGAGGCAAGCGAUGCUUAGAGGUGCAACCUCCGCAAUCGGUUCAACAAGCGUCGUAGAGCGAAGUCCGUCAGCACUACAGAUGACACCACGGGCGAUGUCACCGCAGGAUGUCGUACGGAUUUACGUCCCACCGGCACCACCGGACGAGUUGAGAACUGUUGACACGCAGCGAAGAAAUAAUGAUCGUGCAUCUACAGUACAGCCUCCCCAUUCCGCGAUCCGCAACCAUCGAUCAUCGCGUGGGCACGAAAAUGAUGACGAGGAUGAAGAGGAGGAUGAUGCUGAAUCGAAGACCCGAAGGAAUAGUGAAAUAGAUCUCUACCUUCAGCAACCGACAACCGGUAGCACGCCACUAAUUACUGCCGCAUCUGCUAGUACAUUGCAUGCUGCUGCUGGUGGGCGUUACUCAAACGAUUAUGCAAGCGGAGAAUUUCAAGGUCCUGCAUCGACCGUAUCUGCGUCCAACUCCGCUGUUGCCACCUCUACCAGUCAGCAUUAUGCUUCGAAUGGUCGUUCCAGUUCGUCGUCCCGCCGUGGUAGCAUGUCGCGCAAGUCGCCCGCUCCAAUGCUGGACAGUGAGUUCAUUAUCGAGUGCAGUCACGUAAAGAACCGGAAGUACGUGCCAGACCAUCAUAGUAGUCACAAUAGUCUGGUGCUCAUCGGGGCACCAGGCGGUGGCAGUAGGAAUGGGUCGGAGAGUAACAUUCAGCGCAUGACAUCGUUUGAGGAGCUGGCAAAAGCAAAGCUUCAGCAGCAUUUAUCCGGUAGUGGAGGUAGCAGUAGCAGCUUACGCCGGCUUACAACGGAAGAGCAUUACCGGCGAUCGACGGCUAAAAGCGGAGCGGGACCAUCGGUUGGCAGCAGCAGGAAGAUUAUGGCGAGAAGCGAAGUGUAUGAUACGAUCGACGAUGGGGACACGAUGGCCCCGGAUAGCUCGAUACACUCUACUAAAAGUGCCUACCGCGGCCACAAGAGUGAUUAUAACAUUCGCUACCACAAUAUGGCGUCGUCGCCAACGGCAGCACCUGCGUCACCGUUUAGUGAUGGUGCAGGCGAUGGAGAGGCCACUACAGAGUGGAGCAGUAGCGGCGGUGGUGCAGGAGGAGGAGGUAGAGGAGCCGAUGGGGAAAACCGUGCCUACAAAGCAAACCCAUCCCGGCAGCACAGCGACAGCUCACCCUUCGACUACGAUCCACUGACAACUACUGCAGGUGUUCCUUCGAAGCGCUACAAUCGAUUCUUCAACAACGAUGACGAUGAUGAAGAUGAGGACGACGAGGAAGAGGUUGGGAACAACGCAGACGGAGGCAGGCAGAUAGUUAGCAAAUCGAUUGGCGAAAAAACAAAUGCAGGUCGUAUCGCCCACAACUAUCGGCCGUACGAACGGCGCAAUGAAGAGGAGGAGGACAAACUGUUGGGUAAAUCUUCUGAUGAUUCGUCCACGAGUCCUCCACCAUCGGCGCCAAUCAGUAAUCGUCCUUCGCAGUUGCCGCAAUACCAUCGGACACCAGUAGUAGCUGGAAGCCAGCCACGCAGCCAACAGCAGCGUCCUCGACAGCGGCAACCACCUCACCACAACGGUGACAUCACAUCGACUCCAACCAAUGAUACCAUUCCGCUCCUGCCCGUUUCUCCGACGGAACUGUCCUCUCCCGGUAGCACUAUCUCUUCCCAUCGCACGUACACCGGCUCUACAGCCUCGGGAUCGGCGAUACCCGUUAGCAGCGUCAAACGUAAAACAUCCACCGAUGCUACUUCUUCUGCGCAUCGACGACAAGGAUCGAGCUCGGCAUCCGGUAAGCUGUUCCACUCGGCCGUACCGUCAUCACCACCACAACCAACGGCGGCGGGCGGUAAUCUAUCGCGCAUUCCGAUUGGGUUGCGGUCACCAACAUCUCCGACUGGUUCGUUCCGUACAGUAUCGCCCAAGGUGAACUCCCAAUCGCGCAUUCCUCGUAGUAGCGAGCAGGCGCCAACUUCGAAUAUCCCCUCACCUACUGACUUCGGCGGAACUGCCACCUACGGGUCUCGAGUCGGCUCGUCCCGUUCUUCGCACCAGAUCCCAUCCGAUGCGAACAAAAUACGUAUACAAAUCAAUCCCUCCCAAUCGUACACGACGGGUUGAAUGGCAUGUGCAAUGUUGAAGGAGCCGUACUCUCCUCUGCUCCCGGUUAGUAAGGAUCCAGCGAAUAUGAAACAUCUAUGACAAGUUUGAUGAUUGUGUAGGAACCGUGCAAAAGUGGGAAGCGUUAUGUAUAGAAAGAGAAGAAACGUAUAUCAAAUCAUAGGUAUUCGCAGUAGCAUGUAUCGUCGCUUGGCCCAUGAACAAAACGAAUGUUAGUUUUGUUUGUUGCUAUAAAGGCCUACUAAGCGUGUGUACCUGUCGUCCUGGUUAUUGUUGGUCCCUUCCUUGUUCAGGCAACCUAUUGUCAACUAGACACGACUUCUGGGAUAAGGGUAUCGAACAUCAACGAAAUCAGAAUCUCGAAACAUUCCCGCUGUUGUUGCUGCUGUGUCGGUUUUACCGCUACCACUUUACAACUUCCAUUCCACUUGCUGUAGUAAUACGGCAAAUCUCGUUAAGUGACGGAUUUUCGCUACAUCUUUCGAAAAUCAAAUGAUGUUGUUUCCCUCGAAAAUAAACUCAAAUUGAUCUGAUUUGAUGAAUCUGGAGCAUACAACGAACCCGUCCCGCGAACGGUGCGUUUUGCACUAUUAUUGUUACGAUUGUUGCCCAGCUCCCUAAAAAGCAAUAACUUUAACUGAUAUUUUUAAAACAAUAUCAAGAAGGCAGCGAAUGGAUUUCGAUGGUUCCUUCCACAGAUAAACAUUCGCUCGGCCUUUGCGGGUAAUAUUAUUUUAACUAUUUUUAACUUCUUUUUCGCCGGAUGAUCGAAUCAAAAGGACUGUGUAACGCGGUAGUAUCGUAACAGAGUACCGUUGCCCAUGAAUGUGUGACUCCGAAUCGAAAUGAAAGCAUUUAACAAGUGUAGUAGACAGCUAGACAGGAAGGUAUGGUUAUGCUGCGCCAGGACGUUUUAGCAUUCAUGCAUGCAUGUCUGGCUGCACUAUCGGAGUUUUCUGUUAUUCUCCUGCGCUUGUGGAAAAAGAUAUUAUUGAUUAUUGUAUCGUUCUAGGCUAACUCAAUCGUCAACCGAAGAAUAAAAGCGAUGGGUUUUGCUUUUGCGAAUGGAAUAUAUAAAAAUGAAGAUUAUUAUUGAAGGGAAUCGGCAUUUAUGAACGAAAGUUGACUUAUGUACCAAACCAAUGCACUCAGAAGGAGGAAUGAGAAGAAACUUGAACUAAACAUCGUGGUUUCCAAGCCUGCUCUGCUUAAUUUAUUUUAAUAGGCGCAUUUACUCAACAAGCAGACAUAGCCUUUACCAUUUCUCGCUUUUUAUCCGCCUCCUCUCUCUGUCCCUGUCACACAUCAAGUGGAAGAUAGUGGAUACAACCGAAUUAGUUAACUGUUGACAAUUUCGCAUCCUUUUCCAAAACAAAAAACCAAUCCAACGCCACACUCAAUUCACACUCAAUUGAGAAAGAAGACAUGCGGGCGGCGUAUCCGGUCAUUGCGAAGUGGGAAGCAAUUGCGCACGCGUUUUUUUUUAAUAAAAUAAAAGAAUGAAAACCUGGCUCCAGCUCCAUCCAUGUGUG